AUGCCAGUCUACCUCCUCCACGGCUUUCGCUGGCCUCGAGGCGGUCUCACCGGCAUCCGCGUCCACAUCAUUAUCCACAACCUGGACGACUGCUCCGCCGAGUACAUCCAGAACCCACAAUCACAAGCCGAGCUCUUGAGAUCAUUCCGCAAUGCGUACCCGGAGAUCAUGAAAGAGCUCGAACCAUCAACAUUGGGCAAUGGAAAGGGCAUACAGUUUCUGGAGCAGUAUGACCCGGAAGAUGUCAUGGGAGAGGAUGUGGUGAGCCAGCCGUACGCAUUUGUCGCGGACAGGGUUGUGGUGAUGGCUGCUGGACCUCUGGCUUCUGUCACAAGUGACAGCACUACGGCGACUCCUACCCCGACGUCUCCGUUAUCGGAGCCUGCGACGCCAGCGUCAGCGAGGCGUUCGAGCAAAGGCUCUGUAUCGGCAGGAAUCGCGGCCGCAGCGGCAGCAAAGACCCAAGCACUCUCUCUGAACAUCGAAGAAGUCGUCGCAGAAGGUCCCGGUGUUAUGGCUCCGGCGUGGGAAGCUUUCGCACAGCUCCGCGACAAAAUCGCGCCAGGAGAGAAGAUUGGCUGGUGGGUUGUUUACAACGGAGAUCCAGAACGCGCCUACGACAGUGACGAAGAUGAGGAUGAGGAUGAAGAGGACGAGGACGAGGAAGAGGACCACGCAGAAGAAGUCGAGGAAGGCACUAUCGCAGCAGAGACUGAAGAUGGAAUGCUCGCCCUCUCACAACCCCCACCAACUCCUCCCAAAUUCCCCAUAGCCGUGAGGACGAGGCCGCCACAGCCAACACCAAAACCAAGGAUGUUCGAACAGCCAGAUCUCAGUCACAACAACAACACUCAGCCUACCUCUCCUAAAUCUCCAUUACGAUCACCAUCCUCGAAAGGCAGCGGUAAGCGAUUGCCCGGCAUGACGGCUCUGCCACAGCAGCCAGGCCACCAGCCAGGCCACCAGCAGCAGCAGCAGUUGCCAGCACCAACAAAGCCGAAGAUUGCCCCCAAGUCGGAGAGUCUGAAGAAGAAAUUAUUUGGGAAACGCAGUUGA